AAGCGCACAAGCAACUGCAUCACCUCCUCAAGAGAAACGUCUUCCUCGUGUUGUAAUUAGCAAUGAUUAUGAUCUUCCUGAUCGUGAUCGUCAUGAUCGUUGUUAUUGUGAUUGUGAUGAUGAUGAUCUUGAUGAUGAUGAUGAUGAUCUUCUUCUUGGUCAUUCUGGUGACGGGCAGCGCAGAUAG